AUGGAAACAAAUGCCGUAAUAUAUUCAGCAUUGGUGUGGUUAUUUACAUUCUACAUGUUGAUUGUGUUACUGAUAUUUGUUAGGCAGAAGAAUCGUUCAUCUUCUAAAGCACCGGAAAAUCCGAUAAAGGUAACUGCUGCCUCCUCAGCAGUUGGUUUUGACUUCCAUCCGCUUCUGCAAAGAACCGAUAAUGUAAAUUGUGACUCAGUAGCUGCACACUCAGCUGGCCAACUAUCUGUUAAUUCAGAAUCAUUAAGGGGCAUAGGUGCUCAAUUUCAGAAUCCAUUUGAUGCUUUCCAGGCUAUGUCAUACAUCAAUAGUAGUCCAAUCGCUACCUUUGCUACACCCUCUAGUCCUAGUAGAAAGAGCGAUGGACUUGAUUUGGAUGUUCAACUGAGUUGCACAUAUAGUAAGUCAAAAGCUGCAUGAAGUAGAAAUGCAGGUGAACGCAAUCCAACGGUGUCAAUAGUAAGUGUUCCAGCUUCUGAAACCUCAGAAUUUCAAAACACAACAAAUUCAUUGGAUC